AUGGCAAGUUUAAGGAUCCAUAUCUGUUUCUUGCUUUAUUUUGCAAUCUUUCUCAGCUUAAGUAGCUGCUACAGUCUGCCAGAAAACCAUGUCGCUUUGUUCAUCUUUGGCGACUCACUUUUUGAUGCUGGAAACAACAACUAUAUCAACACCACUGUUAAUUAUCAGGCAAACUUUUGGCCGUACGGUGAAACCUUCUUCAAGUACCCAACUGGCCGAUUUUCUGAUGGGCGUCUUCUUCCAGAUUUCAUUGCUGAGUAUGCAGGGUUACCUUUAAUUCCACCAUACUUACAGCCUGGUAACAACAACUUUGUGGAUGGGGUGAACUUCGCUUCUGCAGGAGCUGGUGCUCUCGUUGAAACUUAUCAAGGAUUUGUUAUAAACCUAAAUACUCAAGUAAGUUAUUUCAAGGAUGUUGAGAAAUUGUUGCGACAAGAACUAGGUGAUGCAGAAGCCAAGAGAUUGCUGGGAAGAGCCCUAUACAUAAUUAGCAUAGGAAGCAACGAUUACGGUGUCCGUAUUACUCAAAACUCAAGCGUGCUUCAAUCCUACUCCAAAGAAGAAUAUGUUGCAAUGGUGAUUGGCAACCUGACUGUUGCAAUCAAAGAAAUACAUAUGAAAGGAGGAAGGAAAUUUGGGUUUUUGGGCUUGGGGCCACUGGGCUGUACACCAGGCAUGAAAGUACUUGUGUCAGGAAGCACCGGUUCUUGCGUUGACAAAGCUACAACACUAGCACAUCUGCACAAUAAAGCACUUUCCAUUGCCCUCCAGAAGCUGGAGAACAGACUAGAGGGAUUCAAAUUUGCAAAUCAUGAUUUGUAUACUUCUGUAAGUGAAAGAAUGAACAACCCUUCAAAAUAUGGUUUCAAGGUGGGGAAUAUGGCAUGUUGUGGCAGUGGUCCAUAUAGAGGACAAUCAAGCUGUGGGGGAAAGAGACAGAUAAAAGAGUACCAACUAUGUGAAAAGGCUAGUGAAUAUUUGUUCUUUGACUCUGGGCAUCCCACAGAAAGGGCCAACCGGCAGAUUGCAGAGCUGAUUUGGCGUGGAACUCCCAAUAUGACAAGGCCUUACAAUCUCAAAGCGCUGUUUAAUCUUUAA